CUUGUCAUAGAGAUUCAGAAGGAAGUCGGCACCGGGAAUUUCGGUGCAGAAUUUCGUGUACGACGAUUCGGAACAUUGAGGCAACAUGGAAAGUUUGAUCGGCAUAAAAUGCAGAGACUUCGUGCUCUUGGCUGCCGAUGCAUCCGUGGCUCGUUCCAUCAUGGUCUUGAAGCAAGACGAACAGAAGAUCUUCAAACUGAGUGAUUCGCUUGCCAUGGCAGUCGCGGGAGAAAGCGGCGACACUGUUCAGUUCGCAGAUUAUAUCGCGAAAAACAUCCAGCUGUUCAAGAUGCGGAACGGGUACGGCCUCAGUCCAAAGGCAGCAGCCAACUUCACGCGGAAAAACUUGGCAGACUCUCUCCGUACUCGAAAUGCGUACAGGUGUGACCUGUUGUUGGGUGGAUUCGACAGUCACAGCAAGGAGCCCGAACUCUAUUGGGUCGACUAUCUCGGCAGUCUCGCUAAGGUUCCGUUCGCUGCACACGGAUACGGCGGUAUAUUCUCCAUGGGUGUCAUCGAUGCCGCUUACAGAGCCGACAUGACAGUGGAGGAAGCACAUUCCCUAAUUCGGGCCUGUGUGAAAGAGAUUCGGAAACGAUUCUUGGGCAACAUGCCCGUCUUCAAAUGCGUGGUGAUCGAUACGAAUGGAAUCAGAGAUUUGUCCGAUGUGAAAGUCGAUGAAUAAAAAGUUGAUGUCAAGGAGCUAUUUUAAA